AUGGGUACUGAAGGUAAUUCCAAUCUAAAGGCAUCUACCGAUGUUGCUGAUGGUAAAAAAGAUGACCAGGAUAUUUACAAAGAUCCUCCUAUUUACAGAUUUUGGAUGUACGAUUUCAUGUUGUGGUUAUUGAGUAGAAUCUUUGAUUGUUUUUUUAGAGAAAUUAGAUCUAGAGGAGCCUAUAAAGUGCCAAAAAAAGGUCCUGUGAUAUUCGUUGCAGCCCCUCAUGCGAACCAAUUCGUGGACCCAAUUAUACUUGCUGGGCAGGUGAAUAAAGCUGUCAAUAAAAGAGUCUCCUUUUUGAUUGCCGCAAAGUCUUUGAAGAGAGUCAUUGUCGGCUUCAUGGCAAGAUGUGUCAUGUCCAUCGGUGUUGAAAGAGCUCAAGAUAAUUUGAAAUUGGCUAAGGGUAAGAUUACAGUGGAUCCAGAAAACUCAUUGAAGAUUAUUGGGCAUGGUACAUCUUUUUUAAAAGAUAUGAAAGCAAGAGGACUAAUUGGUUUACCAAAAUCAUUGGGUAACACUGACAUUCUAUCCAUCGAGAGUGACACUGUACUAUAUGUUAGAAAAGAAUUUAAAAUGAAUAAACCUGAGAUAAAGCAAAUAUUGACAAAAGGUACUUCCUUUAAAUAUGCAGCAAAAGUGGAUCAAUCCAGAAUUUAUCAACAUGUUUUUGAACAUUUGUAUCGUAAUGGUUGUAUUGGUAUUUUUCCUGAAGGUGGAUCUCAUGACAGAACUGAUUUGUUACCAUUAAAAGCUGGUGUAGCUCUUAUGGCUUUAGGAUGUAUUGAAAAACAUCCAGAUUGCAAUGUGAAGAUUGUUCCUUGUGGUAUGAAUUAUUUUUCUCCACAUAGAUUUAGAUCUAGAGCUGUGGUUGAAUUUGGUGAUCCAAUUGAAAUCCCAAAGUCUUUAGUUGAAAAAUAUCAUAAUCCAGAAACAAACAGAGAAGCUGUGAGAGAUUUAUUAGACACUAUUACUGAAGGUUUGAAGGCUGUCACAGUAACAUGCCCUGAUUUUGAAACAUUAAUGGUUGUCCAAGCAAUGAGAAGAUUAUACACAGCUCAGCUUUCAACAAAAUUAUCUUUGCCAAUGAUUAUUGAUAUGAACAGAAAAAUUGUUAAAUACUACCAAACUUACAAGGAUGAUCCAGAAUUUAUGAAGUUGAGAAGUGAUAUCAAACUAUAUAAUGCGCAUUUAAGUCAUUUUAACUUACCAGAUCAUUUGGUAGAAGAUGCAAAAUUCGAUUUGAUGAGAAAUAUAUUCUUAUUUAUCACCAAGCUGAGCAGUGUAGUAGUGACAUUCCUAUUGGCUUUACCUGGUAUUAUUAUGUUUUCGCCAGUAUUUUAUUUGGCAAAGAGAAUAUCUGAAAAGAAAGCUAAAGAAGCUCUCGCUAAUUCUACAGUAAAAGUUCAAGCAAAGGAUGUUGUCGCUACUUGGAAGAUAUUGAUUGGUAUGGGUAUUACCCCAUUAUUGUACAUAUUUUGGUCAUUCUUAAUGACAUAUUAUCUAAAGGGCAAAUUAUUCGACAGAUUUAUAACAUUUGGAAUUUCAUAUAUAAUAUGUGCCACUAUUACUUACUCUGCAUUAAUUGUUGGUGAUUAUGGUAUGGACACAUUUAAAUCAUUAAUGCCGUUAUAUUACUCUGUGAUUACGCCAACCAGCUUUAGACUUUUGCAAAAUGAAAGACUUAAACUUUCCGAAAGAAUUACCGAAAUAAUGAAUACAUUAGGUGCUGAAUUGUUUAUGAAACUUGAUGAUGAGGAGAAUGGCAAAGCUCAUAAAUCAGAUGUUGAUGAAGAAGUAGAAGAUAUGAAAACUUCAGAAUUAAAAAGAAGAAGGUUAUUGAGAAAGAAGAAAUCCAAACAGAAUAAAAGUCAAGAAGUUGAAUCAACUAGUGUUGGGAGUACUGAUAUUGAAUUUCAACAUGAAUCAGAUGCUAUUUCAUUGAUCAAUAGCGACAAUUCACUAUCCAAUAUUCCUUUAUUCUCUACGGAUCACAGACAAAGAUCUUCUUCGACAAUAUCUUCAUUUCCAAGCCCACUAUAUUCGUCUUCCGUUCCAUCUGAAGUGGAAAUGGAAGAAUUGGACUUAAAAGAUGGAGGUAUUUCAUCAAAGAUCGCAAAAGCCGUUUGGGAUAAGAGACAUGAUAAAGACGAAUGA